GAAAAAAAAAAGGAAACCGGUUACGGAAGCCUUUAAGAACUUCCGGGGCGACUCGGGCAUAGAGGAAGAAAACGGUGACGGUUUCAAAGAUGGCGGCGCCAACACAAAAGAACAACAAACCAGGGAAACCUGGAGGAAAAGAGGCUCGGCCUCUUGUAAUCGCCAAGACUCCAGCGGAGGAACAGCGUCUGAAGUUGGAGAGGUUGAUGCGAAAUCCGGAUAAGGCGGCUCCUAUCCCAGACCGGCCGAAAGACUGGAACCCGCGGGCUCCGCCGGAGUUCGUCCGGGAUGUGAUGGGCUCCAGCGCUGGCGCAGGCAGCGGAGAGUUCCACGUUUACCGGCACCUCCGCCGCAGAGAGUACCAGAGGCAAGACUUUCUGGACAAGAUGGCUUUGAAGCAAGAUAAGGAACAAGAGUACCUUGAUAAAGUGGAGCAGAACAAGCAGGCAGCCGACGAGAGGACGGCGAAGCGCAGGAAGAAGCGAGAAAAGCUGAAGCUGAAAAAGCUGAUGGCGAAGAAAGCUAAACUGGAGGAUAAAAACAAGAAAGAAGACGGCGAGGAGAAGAGCUCGGACAGCAGUGAGGACGAGCAGGAAGAAGAAAGAGAGGCUGACGACGACGCCGAGGCCCCCAGCUUCAUCAUGGGGAGGAAAUGAGACUAUUUGUGAGGGACACAAGCAUCAGAGACUUGAACUGAAAGAAGCGAAGGAAGUACUGACCAGCUGUAAAGAUGAAAACAUUUAUCAUUUAUUACGAAUUGUUGAGAAUCUUGGACUUGAACUGCCUAGCUUAUUAGGCAGGGAAACCCAACAAACGCAUGACUUCAGGUAGACAAAGGUUCCAGUGUGAUUGUUCAUGAUCCUACCCAAAAUCAUAAAUGGAAAUACGUGUCCUGUUGGUUUGCAGAGCAGAUGUCAGGUUAUCGUCAGACUCGAGUUCUCUAAAUUUUUUGGAAUCUUUUAUAUUUUUAAUAUUGAAAAAUGUCUGAAUAAAAAUGAGAAUGCACAUCCA